ACUGUUGAAAAUUGAAGAGUGGCAAACAAAAUAGUGUUUGUACAAAUAUCAAAUCAAACCUUAUCUGUCAAAAAAUAUCAAAUAUUUGACCUCAUGGCAAACAGUGUACGGCCACCUUUAACAACAUAAAUUUUUCUAUGAGCAGCGUUCAAGGGGAAAGUUAUAAUCGCAGCCUCAACCACAUCAAUUUCAUACGCAUUUCCAAAGUCUCGAGCAAGGCGCCUAGAAGUAUAUCCUAAGGUGGGCCAACUUGCUAAAACCACUCUUCAGCCAUCUUGGAAGUCUACUGUGUUUUGUUUGUAAACAAAACACAAUACGCUUGUGCCCAAGCUCGCUCGUGAUCAGUCUGUCUCUUUCACGCUUCAAGCAAAUAAUUCCCCUUCUGCUUUCUUCCGUACUGUUUUCAUAUACUGCUCCUCUAAACAACUUAGUGCCGAAACGGCCUCACCUUAGGAUAAACUUCUAGGUGCCUUGAACACAUCAAACAAAACCAAAAUCAUCAGAACACGUGGGUUUGUUUACAACCAGCGGCUAGGUAUCAGUUGGGAUUUUUGAGUCAGGCUAAUGAAGUAGUGAAUUUCGUUUGAACAUAUAUAAUGCGUGGCAGUGUAAUAUUCCAGCAAAAUCGAGCUCUUGGUUACGUGAGUAAUCAUGUCCCCGCUUUCGUACGUUACAUCGAGAAACGUAACGAGAAUGUAAUAACGACUUGCAUUGGGAAAUCGUUUCACGUAUACGGAGCCAACAGCUUUCGGUUGAUUCGAGUUGGCGGCUUGCAUUCGGAGGAAAUAAGUUGUGUGGCAGCGGAUGGAUUCCUCACCUACGUGGCUAGUGGAAAUGUUAUCUACGGAUGGAGAAACAGCACAGAGCUGCGCAAAACGUAUCGAGGGCACCAGAAGAAGGUCCAUCUGUUGCUUCCUUUCGGAAAGCACCUACUAUCGGUCGAUGAGGAUAGUUUGCUGAAGAUAUGGUUCGUUGGACUAGAGGAAGUUUAUCUGGAGAUCCCCUUCAACAACAAGCAGUUUGAAAUUUCGGUUUUGAUGCACCCUGCUUCGUACAAAAAUAAGAUACUACUGGGGAGCAGUCAAGGAGGUUUACAGCUGUGGAAUAUAAAGAAUGCUAAGCUUGUACAUACGUUUCGUGAUUUUGAAAGCAAAAUCACUGUUCUCGAACAAGCUCCAGCUAUCGAUGUCGCAGCUAUCGGGCUCCAGAAUGGACAGAUAAUUUUAUUAAAUUUGAAGUAUGAAGAAUCGAUAAUGAAAGUGACGCAGGACUGGGGACCAGUGACCGGGAUCACAUUCCGUACGGAUGGGCAUCCGAUUAUGGCCACAUCGAGCAUCAAUGGUCAAGUUACGUUUUGGAAUCUAGAGGAUCAAGUGAUUGUAUCUACACUUUUGGCACACGAUGAUUCUGUAACAAGUCUCAAAUGCUUUCCUAGUGAGCCUUUGUUAUUGACUACCUCACCGGAUAAUUCUAUGAAACUCUGGAUUUUUGAUCUCCCAGACGGAGGAGCUAGGUUGUUACGCAUUCGAGAAGGUCACGGGGCUCCCCCAACGUGUAUUCGUUAUCAUGGGGCAAUGGGUCGCAAUAUUCUAUCGGCGGGCGAAGACAGCUCGUUGCGUAUCUUCAGUACUGUUUCUGAAACAUUGAACAAAAGUCUGGGAAAGGCGAGUUAUAACAGGAAAGCUUCCAAGAAACAACGCAAGCGUGAAGACCCCUUUCGGAUGCCUCCUAUUUCAUCAUUCACGUCGGAAAUAACCCGUGAUAAGGAAUGGGAUAGCAUUGUGGCUGCCCAUGCUGGACUCGUCCAAGUAACAACAUGGUCUUUUGAUAAGUGUCGUAUGGGUGAGCUGAAGAUGGUGCCGGAAGUAUUUCAGAACAAGAAUCGAAGCGAUUUCGGUGUAACAGUCAGUGCCCUUUGCAUGAGUCACUGUGGUAAUUUCGUUGUAGUUGGAUAUUCAAGUGGGCAUUUGGAACGUUUCAAUGUGCAGAGUGGAAUACACCGGGCUAGUUACGGAAAGUCAUCGGCCCAUGAAGGGGCAGCGGUACGCGGGAUUUCGCUGGACAAUCUUAACCAGUUUGUUGUUUCUGGAGGGUCAGAAGGGAAGAUCAGAUGGUGGCAUUUUAAGCAAACUGUUGACAAACCUGUAUUCUCUCUUCAACUUGAGUCGAUAUCCUUAUUCAGCACGCAUCGCGAGAGCGCAAUGAUUGCGGUUGCGAUCGAGGAUUUCUCUGUGGUUAUUGUGGACUCAGAUAGUCGUGCUGUUGUACGGAAAUUUAUCGGCCACAAAGGUUCAAUCACGGACGCCUGCUUUUCGCCAGAUAGUCGCUGGUUAUUGACGGCCAGCAGAGACUGCACCAUUAAAAUAUGGGACAUACCAUCCGCCUAUAUGAUCGAUCACUUUAGGAUGCCUCAAAUUUGCACUUCUCUGUCAAUGUCUCCCACUGGUGACUUUUUGGCCACAGCUUAUGUGGAUAAUAGAGGAAUUUAUCUGUGGGCAAAUAAAACACUCUAUUCUCAUGUUUCUAUAAGAGCUAUCAAGCCGGAUGCGGAAGCACCGUUAAUGGAUCUUCCGGCAACGAUUUACGAUGAGAAUUCACCAACUUUAAUGGACGAAUCCCAAAUGGAGAUCGAUGAUUUGGAGGAUGCUAUGGAGGCAAUUAAUCUAAACUAUGAGAGUCCUUCCCAAUUGUCGCGUGAAUUGAUCACAAUGUCAAAUACAGCUGCAUCGCGGUGGCAAAACUUGCUUCAUUUGGACAUCAUCAAAAGGCGUAAUCGACCGAAGCAAGCACCACAAAAACCAAAAUCCGCCCCAUUCUUCCUACCCACUGUUUCUGGGUUAGAUUUUCAGUUUAACUUGGACGAGAGCAAUGCCGAGAAACAAAACGAUGCGAGCUCGAGAAUAGUAAACCCUUCCCAGGUGGAACAGUUAACUAGUUUUGGCAAGUUGCUAAAAAAGUGUGCCGCAGGUGACGAUGUUCAGGAGUAUUCAGAGCCAAUCGAGUGUCUAAAGAAGCUUGGUCCCUCGCUGGUCGAUUAUGAAAUUAGAAACUUGAGUCCUUUGGACGAAGGAACCGGCAGCAUCUCGGUGAUGGCUGCCUUCAUGCAUAUGAUUGAGGCCAUGCUGGAGCGCAAUCAGGCAUUUGAGCUUGGCCAAAGCUGGCUGGCGGUGUUUCUGAAGAACCACGGUAGGACCAUCGUGGAGAAUGAAGAACUGAGGACUUUGCUGAGUAGAGUGGAACAGGCGCAGUCGAGAGGCUGGAAUUUGUUGGAGGAUCAGUUACUGUAUGGAAUAGGAGUGGUGAGCAGUUUGAAGAAUUUUAACGGCUAGAACGUGGAAAAAAUGUACAAAUUAAUAACAUUAACUAUGAAAUUUGCAAGAAAAGAACCCCACUCGUCAUCCUACACUGAAUAUAUCGUAUAUCUAAGUAAA